UAUCGAAAGUUUGGCCAUGGACUUGGAGAUUUUCUCAGAAUAUCGAAAGUAGAAUGCGUGUUAUUUUUUCGAGUCAUACUGUGGCAAGAGAAAUUAAUAGCAAUUUAUCACACAGGUUUAGAGUAGUCAUUGGGGGCAUUUUCCCAAGUUCCCAAUUUGAAUUUCGUUCCUUGUUCAGCAUGUCCAAGAAAACGUCUCUUGAAACUAAAAGUACAAAUGAAGAUGACAGGGACGAGCUCAUAUCCGCCACAACCCCGUCCAGGAAGAUUACCAGAAAUGUGCAUAACGAAUCAGUGAUAUCUGACAGAGAUAAGUUUCUGGAAAUGUCAAAAGGAGAUAAAAGAAAAUUAUACAAAUGUGGCAAGAAAUUCAAGCAACUAGAUGAUGUUCCAACUUGGUCAGAAUUCUACAGUGAACACAAGGACAGGCUUAAAAAAGCAGUUUCAAAGAAGAGAUUGAAAGUUUUGUAUAAAGUUAAUGAAGAUAUAAACCAGAGGGUGUCCAUUUGGAAAGGGGACAUAACCACCAUAGAAAUUGAUGCCAUUACUAAUGCUGCCAAUAGCUCUCUUCUAGGUGGUGGUGGAGUGGAUGGAGCCAUUCAUUCUGCUGCUGGUAAGAAAUUGAUAGCAGAGUGUGCUACCCUAAAUGGAUGUGAUACAGGGGAUGCCAAAAUUACAGCUGGUUACAAGCUACCAGCAAAAUAUGUUAUACAUACAGUUGGUCCCAUUGGAGAGAAGAAGGAAUUGUUAUCAAGAGCUUAUUCAUCAGUGCUUAAUCUCGUAAAGGAAAACAAGCUGGUCUCCGUUGCUAUCCCUUGUAUAUCGACAGGAAUAUAUGGAUAUCCUAAUGAACAGGCAUGCCUUGUUGCGCUGAAAACUGUUCGGGACUUUCUUGAAAAGGAUAAUAUCUAUCGUGAUAUUGAGAGAGUGAUUUUCUGUCUCUUUAUGCCAAAAGAUGUUGCUAUCUAUGAAGAACAGAUGCAGGUUUAUUUUCCAAUUGCAGAUUCUGCACAUGAAGGUGAUAAAGUAGACAUUGAGAUGGAGAAUAUGGAAGACAGAAAAGUGAAUAAAAAGAAAGCAGAUGAGACGGAAAAGGUGAAAGAGGAGAAAAUGGAAAUGGAAAGAAAAGAAGAAGAACCAAAAAUGGAAGUUGAAGAGGAAUUUAAAAAGGAUACAGGAGAGGAACAUAUGGAAACUGAAGGAAAGGAGGUUGAAUCGGAACAGAGAGAUGCACAGUUGAAAAUGGCUUCUAAGGAUGAAGCAUUAACAACGGAGAGAGAAAUGGAUACUUCUGAAGAUAAUAAAAGUGAAUCUGUUGAAAAAACUGAUUGUACAUCAGAUGUAAGUGUUCAAACAAAAAACAAAAUAUCAAAUAAUACAGAUAAGAAAAGGGACGCAAGCCCAGAGAAGAAAGACAAGCAGAAGACAGGAAAACAAGUAGUCUCCAAUAAACCAAUCAAAAGCUCAAAGACUGAUGAUAAAUCGGGAGUUAAGGAGCAAUCUGCAUCUGUAGAGGGAAGUGGAGAUGAGAUUCUACCAUCUGCGCCACUUACAAGGAAGACUCUCAGAGAUUCUGACACUUCUGAUUUACAUCCACAAGUGAAGAAACAGGCUAAGAUUUAGGUUUACUUCCCUUUCCAUGCCUGUUUCGUUACAUAUAAAUCUACUGUUGUUACAGUUUACAUGUACAUUUUCUGUUAAAGAGAUAUAAUUGAGUUUACACAGUUAAUUCAAUAGCUUUAUCAUGCAUUGUCAAGUAAAUUCCAAGUUUGGUAAUUUAUUGCAUGAAUUAAAAAAGAAGAAAAAAAAGUUAGUGUAAUGGUCUUUCAUGCAUUGGCUAUCAAAUAUUUUGUGAUGUUAAAAAUAUUAAAAUACUUACAAAUCUG